AUGGCUCCUAAAAGAGAACACUCCAUCAAAAACUCAAACGCACCUGAGGCCCAACCCAGACUUGGUCCUCCUUUUCCUUGCCUGCCUGCAGCACCAAAGGCAGCCCCGGAGCAGAAACCUAAGAUGCUACGAAUAUCAGAUUCACCGUUUGACCCUGCUACUUUGGAGAUUGAAUUUAACCCGGAACAGAAACAUGAAUUUAAGGAGGCAUUCCUGCUGUUUGACAGAACAGGAGAGGGAAUGAUCUGUUACAGUCAGUGUGGGGAUGUAAUGCGCUCCCUGGGACAGAACCCUGUCACCGCUGAUGUUCUCAAGGUUCUGGGCAACCCAAAAGCUGAGGAGAUGAAUACCAAGAUGCUGGACUUUGAGAGGUUCUUGCCCAUGCUUCAAGCCAUCGCUAAAAAUAAAGAUCAGGGUUCCAUGGAAGACUUUGUAGAGGGACUUCGAGUCUUUGACAAGGAAGGCAACGGCACAGUAAUGGGUGCAGAGCUGCGUCACGUCCUCACCACACUCGGUGAGAAAAUGACAGAGGAAGAAGUGGAGACUCUCCUGGCGGGACACGAAGACGCCAAUGGCUGCAUCAAUUACGAAGAACUGGUCAGGAUGGUCAUGAACGGCUGA